UGUCAUUUACUAUCGCGAACUGGCGUACCGUGGCUCUUCCAGUUAGUACAGGUACCCUUCCGAGAGCCUCCCUCAGGACACCGCGACGAAACGGAACGACUCAAGUGUAGAAAAUACAAUAAUCCCAGACAAGUUCCCGGGAUUGACCCAACUUAAAACAAUCAGGAGGAUUAAUUUACUUACGUGCAUAUUGCACACCUCAGGUUUAAACUAGGAUUGCAUAAAAUUUCGUUCUGCGCUCAUUUGUGACAGAGUAGACUUUCCAGUGAUGGUGUAGGGUCAGAACUCGAGAGAAAAAUGAGUUACAGGAAAGAGGAAUCUUUGAUUCUGGAAAAUUUCUCGGAGAAACACAAACAAGGCGACAUACAGGUUGUGUUUUGGGAAUAGCCAUGGAUGAUGUUGCUGCGCAAAUAUUUCUGCUGGAAAGGGAAUUGCGCGAGCACUUCCGGAAGCUUGGGUUUUACCGAGAGGUCCCCACCCCCGAGCUGCUGAGGGAGGCCCAGCAGGUGUACCACACACUCGACUGGCCCCACCAGUAUGACGAUGACGGGGACCCCCUCCCCAGUCCACCAUCCUCCUCCAGGGACGAGAUCCUGAAUCCCUCCGAGGCCCAAGAACUAGACGAACAUGCAUUACAGGCUCCGACUACUUACCUGGGUCAACAUAUCAGAUACCUUGUGGAAUAUCUCAUUCGACCAGCUAUUAGUGAUGUCCAUAAAGCACGGGUCCUCACAAGGUGGUUGGGACGAUGCAUGAAUGAUGAUUACCUUAAGUAUCUUCCGAGAACAGAAUGGAGUCAUCCAGAGUCCGUUGCAGGAUAUAUUUGGAAACUAAGGAAACGACACAUGGACUAUGACGAGUUCUUCCAAAUCAUCUGCAAAUAUGCUGGUCUUAAGGCUCACAACAUUGACGGGUGUGUUAGAAACACGAUCAAAUACGAAAUAGGCAGUGACUUUAUGGAGCAGAAAAAGAGCUGGACAGCAGUUUUACUGGACGGAAACUGGCGACUGUUGGACGUACGCUGGAUUUGCGAGGCCGCUUAUGGAGUCGCCAAAACCAACUGGAGACUCAUUGAAGACGAAAAAGGGAAAGUGGAUACCACAAAGGCCAUUAAAGAAAACCGGAAUACAAUCAAGACGCAGUGUCGGUUCAGAGAGUUCUACUUUCUGACGGAUCCAGAAAUCUUUAUUUAUGAUCAUUUCCCUGAUGACGACAAGUGGCAGUUGUUGGCGCGUAAGGUUUCCUACAAGGAAGCAAAGGAAAUGGCAGCUUUAAGGGCAGACUUUUUCAGGAACAAAAUGGUUCUUCGAACGCACCCCAAGAGUGUUAUUGAAAGUGACGACGGGAUUGUGAAGUUUGUUAUCGGACUGCAAGAGGAUUCACGAAUGUCAUUUGUUUACAAACUGUAUAGGUCUAAGAGUAGCAAGGACCCCAUUGAUCCGUCCAGAAAAGAACUCGAUAGGUACGUCUUCAUGGAGAGAGACAGCGACGAGAGUGUGAUCCGUGUGGAAAUCCGAUGCCCGGCAGAAGGAGAGUACCUUUUCGAGUUACACGGGAGUCAGAAUGCCGAAUCUUACCAUGCUUUGCUUCUAACGUACUUUAUCAGAUGUACUGGGAUAAAAGGAGUCAUAACCCCACUUCCUCCAAACAUCAGACAGGAAUGGGGGCCGGGAGAAGACACGAGGGACAUGGGCAUGGUUCCCGUUACUCAUAAAAAGGGACAAGUGGAAGCAGACGACGGAGAUGCGGAGAUUACCUUUACACUAGAGAAGGACCUUGAGUUCAAACACGACCUUGUCAAGGGUGUCGAGGAUGAGUCCGUCACGGAUGGUCACGUGGUACACACCAUAGAAAACGGAAAGAUGAACAUCAGCCUGAGACUUCCAUCACCUGGAGAGUAUGCCCUGAACGUGAUGGCGAAAGAAAAGUUUAAGAAGACGAGGUUCGCCCCGGCAUGUAGCUAUCUGAUAAGUUGCGACGACGAGCCGCUACAGACUAAGCCAUUGCCAAACAUUGGCGGGGGCCAUAUUGGAUCUAACGAAAAAUUCCAUGAACUGGGAUUCAAAGAAGACAACGCCUGGACCUCUUAUAUAAAUAAUCUCGUCACGGGAGAAUUCGCUAUGCAGAUUCAUAAGCCCCACGAUAUCUUUGUUGCAGCAACAUUAGAGCUUGAAGAAGGGAAUAAAUCCGAAACCUUUGACAAUUAUGUAAUCUGUGAUACCCAAGACAGCAAAGUCAAAGUUACAGCUCUAUUCCCCAAAAGUGGCACUUACAAGCUGACGCUGUUUGCAAGGGUUGAUACUGUACAAGACGAAAACAAGCACAUUCCUAUUUACACUAAAAUAAUCGAAGUCGUUUUGCCUACUUUGGCGGGAAUGCCCUCUCCGAUUCAAUCCAGCAUCCCAGACUGGUGUCAUGGCUACCAUCUCAAGGAACCAAGAAGCCUGUACUUAGCAUCUGGAGAGAUGACAAAGCUUUCUAUAUCUGUUCCGGAAGCUAACACUAUAAAGGUUAAAGGUCACCCAGAAUGUCAUCUGAAACCUAACGACGAAGGUUAUUGGGAAGGUUAUCUCAAGACCGGACCACCAAGAAGCACCGUAGAUCUCAUGGCCAGCGAGUCCCCGCACGGCCAGCCAUUUAAACUACUGUCAUACCAGGUUGUUUCAAAAGAAGAACUUCUGCAAAUCGAAGUUGAACAAGAGCAACUAUUUCAGAGGGCAUUAGACGAGCUUCAGACUCUUGAGGAAGAAAAGUAUGCCCGGCUGCUCGUCAGAUUGAAACAGGCAGCUAAUGACAGGAACCGUCAGAAGAUACAGAAGCUGUUGUACCGCGUCAAAGAGAUAAAACCAGACAAAGUGGACGUGGAGAUUGUCAGAGCGGAACGGGUGUUGCGGGAACUGGUCGAACAAGAAGAAAAAGACAUUGCCAGGAAGGAGCUCAGAAAAGCGACGAGGAUGUCCGAUAUACCCAGCCUGGAGGGAGCUCUCCUUAAGGUAAAGCGAUUGAAACUUCCGGAGGAGGAUGGGGACAUCUCUGCAGCAGAGGAAGUACUGCAAACUCUCAGAGACAAACGAGAUGCCGCGCUAGGGAAGACGCGUGACAAGUCACAACAAACAACUGAUUCACCUGCUCCAUAUUUCUAUGGCAAUCACAGUGGUGUGCACAUUUAUGUCAUGCCCGAUGGUCGCGUUCAGCACUCAGAGAUGGCCCCAGAUGUCAGCAGUCUGCAUUCCAGUCGCUUGACGAGAGAUGCUGAUGUGCAAACUUUGGACAAUUCUGCCGAUGAAGAGAUCAAGGAGGACUUCACGUACUUAGCUAUGGAUUCCUCAACACCACGAAAAACGGGUAAAACGGACACAUCAAAAGUACCAGAACUGUUACGCCAACAUCUAAAGAAACGUCACUUAAUGGAGGACGAAAUCGACGCAGAGGAGAUCGAGCCGUCUGCUUUAGGAGCUUUGUCUAUGAUUGACCAAGAAGAAAAUGGAGACCGAUCGUACACAAGUCGUGGUACUGGGGGGUCUCGAACAUGGAAAUCUCGAGCAAUGGACGUUUUCAAGAAAUACUGGCAUGUAAUGAAGGAAAAAUCCGAACUCACUCGUCAAACUCUCAACGACGACAUUGAAAACGAGGUUCAAAGACUGAAGCAUAUAAACCAGAUGUGUAGGAAGAUGUCACGAGCUGCCCGGCGGAUUGGACUGAGCUACAACAGUCUGAUAGACAGCGAGCAGAUGUUCCACGACAUUCUGAACGAACCAAACGACCAGAAUGACAGUCUGACAGAGGACUUCUGUAACACGUCUGCUCUACAGCAGGACGUCAUAACAGUCGAAGAAGGACUCAAAUCUGCAUUUGAUGAGUUCGCCAAGAGCAUGGACAAUCUCUGCGCAGAACUUGUCACCAAGGCAGAACACACGGCCAGGGAACUUGAAAAAACAAGGUUGGAGAUGGCGACAGAGGACUUGAUGGGCUACAGCUCCAAGAGUUCCCUGAGAAGCGACUCCGGCGUGGGUGGGUCCAGCGACAGAGACCAUCCCGACUUCGUCAAGACGUCGUUCUACGCCGCUAAAAACACCAUACUGGAGGAGCUACGGUCAACAAAUGCGACGACGGAAGAGGAUAUCAGACGACAACUUUCCGCCCUGCAGAAGCAAAUGGCCGACUAUCACCAUGGAAACACGUCAUCCCAUGGCGGGAAUAUCUCCGGAAAUCAUUCUGGAUUGUUCUCCAAUUCAUGGAAAUAUUAAAUCAACAAAAUUAAAUUCCACCCAUCAAUAGGUUUUACUGAGGAACUUUCGAUCAAUCUCAACUAUAAUUCACCAAAAAUAAAUUCUUAUUCUCAAUAAGACGUUUUUGCUGAUGAAACAUUCGAUCAGUUUGUAAUUCUGAAUUUUAUACAAUUUUUCACAAGCCGUCCCAAUAUUUAUCUCUAUUUUUGUUGAUGUUUUCGUUUCUUUACAACCCUGUGAUAUUAUACAAUCUGUGAUCUAUUUACUGUGAUGCUUUAGCUUUUAUUUUGAUAAGUUUGUUGUAGAUACGUAGAAAAGUGUGGCUUGGAAAACUGCCGUGUGAUCAUAGAUGUGUUGUUAUAUUCUGUAGCGCUUAGUGCACUUCGUUGAAAGCGGGGGUAUAUAUACUAUAACUUCUUUUACAUCUUUAUACCCCUGAUUAUCUGCAGCUGGUCAAAUAUUUAUAGAUUUGAUAUGUUAUCAUCCACUUUAAUUAUUUUUGAUGGUACUUUUGUGCUAGACUUAUUUUUAUAUUUAAUUUUCAUUUUGUCACAUUGUACGUUUGUUAGAAUCACAACAGUUUUUAGCGGAAGGAUUUCAUGGAGGAUAUACAGUAUUUCUGAUUUUAUACGGAUUUAAAUUUGUUGUAACAGUAGUUUAGAAUUGUUUGUAGAGAAAUUCAGACGCGAGUGUCAACGUAAGCAAUGUCAUGGCUGUCCUUGUUAUGAUGUUAUUGUCACCUCAUUUAUGUUGAUUUUUAAAAACUGUUUUGUUAUUGGAGAUUUAUCAUUGUUAAUUGUUGUUUACUUUCAUGAUAGAUUUUUACAGAUUCAAAUAAAAAAAGGAUAUACUGCUUUAUGCACACAA